AUGGCGGAAAAGAGCUCUGUAUCAAUCCUCUGCUUCUUGUUCUUGAUCAUAUGCUUUGUUUCUGCACAAGAUCGAACGUGUGAUGAAUCUCAUGGGAUUUUCAAACCCAAUAGUUCAUACGACAAGAACCGUCGUCUCAUCCUCUCUAACAUGGCUUCUAACGUCAUGGCUCACGACAGCUACUUCAACGGUUCGGUCGGGCUUGGUUCCGACAGAGUCAACGCCAUUGGGAUGUGCGCUCCAGGCACUGAGCCCGAUGCUUGCUCAUCCUGUAUCAACGACGCAGCCGGAUACUUGCUACAGAUCUGUCUGAACCAGACAAACGCAUUCUCGUGGUUUGGUGAAGAGAUUAUUUGCCUUGUUCGCUACUCUAACCGCCCCUUCAACGGUUUACUAAUCUUGGAGCCGUAUAAAGUGUUUUUCAAUGACAUGGACAUAAAGAAAAACAUCCUCAAGGAGUUUUAUAGUUUGUGGGACGUGUUAAUGUCUCGUAUGAUCACAGGAGCUUCUUCGUCGGUGAAAUACUAUGCAAAGGAUGUAGCUCCGGUGCCGGUUUAUGGGGACAUAUCGGUGUUGAUGCAAUGCACUCUAGAUGUUUCUUCGGAAAAUUGUAAACUUUGCCUAGAGAGCAGCGUUGAUUACUAUAAGAGACGGUACCUUGGUAAGAGAGGUGUGAUUACACUGCGGCCAAGCUGCUUUUUCCGGUGGGAGGUGUAUAGAUUCUCUGGUGCUUUUGAUAAUGCUACUUACGUUACUUCACCGCCGUCUUCUGUAACCAGUAUAACCAAGAAAGAUACAAGAAUCUCAAGUGGAAUUGUGGCGGCAAUUGUUAUUAUUAUUGUGGUUACAUUAAUAUUGACUUCUUUAGGCUUAGUUAUUCUCAAGAGGAGAAAACAAAACCAAGCAACUACUGCGCUUCAGACUGAAUCUGUACAAUUUGAUCUAAAAACGAUUGAAGUAGCAACAAGCAACUUUUCUGAAAGUAACAAGCUUGGUGAAGGUGGAUUUGGUGACGUCUACAAAGGUGUGCUCCCAGAUGGAACUGAAGUUGCGGUGAAGAGACUGUCAAAAAGAUCAGGACAAGGUAAAGAAGAGUUCAAGAACGAGGUUCUUGUCGUUGCAAAGCUUCAGCACAGGAAUCUUGUUAGGCUUCUCGGGUUCUCGCUACAAGGAGAAGAGAAGUUACUCGUCUAUGAGUUUGUGUCCAACAAAAGCCUUGAUUAUUUCUUAUUCGACUCUAUGAAAAGAGCUCAGCUGGAGUGGAGAGUGCGACACAAAUCAUCAAUGGGAUUACUCGAGGGAUUCUAUAUCUUCAUCAAGAUUCACGGCUCACAAUCAUACACCGUGACCUUAAAGCGAGUAACAUUCUCUUAG